UUUGUUUAGCGUGCCGAUGGAUGCCGCCUCCAUCUCUCAGUGCGGUUUUGAGCGAGACUUGUUUGAAUCUUCCUCGCCUCGCGACGACGACGACGAUGACGGAAAUUUCCUCGCGGCGACGAAAAGCCGAUGUCUCGGCGACGCGGACUGUCUACCAUCGGCGGAAGAUGCAGCGCCGCCACGGCAUCGCUCCCCUAUCAGCAUGGACAGGGACGCGUUGUCUUUGGAGCAGGAUGGAGAAGUCAGUGACACAGACAGCGACAGUGACAGUUUCCCGGUGUUUGACAUGCUGCUAGGGACAAGUCCCGCUGCUGCCAGGUCACAGUAUAGUGAGAGCGACAUUGUCUGGGCAAAAUACCGUGACCAUCCUCUAUGGCCAGCAGUGGUUCGCAAAUGCUAUCAUAAGAAGGUGUCGAUUCUUUUUAUUACUACCCCGCAGUCAGAAAGCAGGCGAGGAAUGAAAAUGUCGUUGAAAAAUCUGUGGCCAUUUGGAUGUGAGAGACACGGCGAAUUCAAGUACGCAGGUGAGCAUUCACACAUGUCUGAGUCGUUCACCGUAGCCUACAACUACGCAAGUGACUAUCUACAGAAGAAGAGCCUUGGAAAGACCAACCUCUCACUAUUAGAUUUCAUCAAGUCUAAUGAAUGCUUCACGCGUUCCUCAAAUCCUGCAGCAGCAACCACUGAUACUAUCACGCUGUCUGACAAUUCUCCGGCACCAUCUGGUAGCGGCAAUUUUCGGUCACGCUCCCCGAGUCCAGCUGGGUGUGGUGGCAUCACUGAGAAGCAGUGCGACGAGCGAGUACGGCAGCCAUUGUUGACGUGGCAAGACGACCAUGAGGGUGAUAGUCCGCAGUUAACGGCCGCGACAAUGCGAAGGAUAUCAAGAAGGAAUGACCUCAACGAAACCUUUAUUAGAUUCAUCAAGUCAGACGAGAUGAAGGAGUAUCUGCGCAAGAUUGCAGAGGGCACUAUUGUCUCGAAGCGGCACAAGAACUUCUGCGGCCCCAGCGCCAGGCUGAAGAACGGACUGAAACAUUGCACAGGCCUCGGUCCAUUCACCGACAGCGAUCAGAUCGACGAUUUGCUCAAGUACCUAACAGAUUUACACAAGCGGCUGUUUGGUGACACAUUGACCACGUGUGUCGACUAUGUUUUCGAGGUCUGGCUGCCCGAGGCGAUCAUAUACUGCAUGCGCAAGAAGCGGAAGAUGUCAACAGCUAGGGCAGAGGAGUACUGUCUAAGGGGCCCCUUCCUCACUAAGGAGGAGCGCAAGUUUGUAUUCUGCUAGGUGGUGCCACUUGCCAGCACGAGGCGACAGCGCGUCGAGUGGCACCACUGUGGUUCCCAAACUACAGGGUCACUAGAGAACCAAGGGUGCUGCUAGGUCGAUGCAAACAUGACAGGAAACCGUAGCGACACAUGCUCCUUACCGUGUCGGGUGGAUGCGCAUCGGCCGUUUCCACGGCAACCCUCGGCAGCUGUGACAGGUGUUUCCACGCUUCGCCGGUGGCGACUGCAGAUAUAGAGACAGGAGUGCGGAGAAUGUUCGACCGUGGCGUGCAGCUGCCAUCUGUCGGUGACAUUAACGACGCAGAACUGUUCUGAUUCCUGCGAGCUGACCGGUGUGAUGGGCCACGCGAGGUUUAAUCCCGGACUUUGGUUUUUAUGGAGAGAAAGGAUCACGAGACGAGAGUGAUUGGCACAUUGUCGAGAACGGAUCACGAGAUGAAACGGACUUCACAUGGCUUCCGCGCUCCCAUGAGAUGCUGAAGAUUCCAGAGGGGAACACGCGCUUGCACGAAAGAGAAUGAGAGCGAGAGGAGGGAGGGAGAGAGGAGGAGGCAGAGAGAGAGAAGUGGUCAGAGAGAGAGAGAGA